GAAAAUUGAAAUCGGUUUGAUCCUUCCUUCUUCGAUGCCGGCGAAUUGCAUUCUUCUACGCCUAUCUCUCCAGGGAAGCAAGGAGCGGGCAACUACCGGAAGACAAACCCAACCAGCCCUUCUCCCAGAGUUCCUCCUUCGUCUUCCUCGUUCUUCUGCAGUGACAUCACCUACUUCCCCUUCCUCGUGUAGUGCAUCGGUGGAAGAUCCAACUUGGUGGAGACUUCAUCCUUCGUCUUCUUCGAUCUUCUUCGCCUUGACCACCGUACAACAUCAAAUUAAAGAGUUGGACUCGUGUUCCCUUGUGGUUGCUUUUGGCGUGGAAGAUUGAACGUUGGAAGAUUGGAGAUGAUUGCUUUCGGAUUUCUACUAUGUUAAGAACCCAUUUUGGAUUUUGGCGUAGGUGAUUGGCCUUGGUAUUUAAUUAAGUUUUUAAAAAUUAUAAAAUUAAGAACAUACUGUAAU